AUGGAUGCUCUUGAUAUCUUCGAAUAUACUGUGUCCAUCAGUUACAGCAGCGACCUUGACCUCAGCAGUAGCAGUUCCCAAGACUCUCCAGCAGUUAAGAUGGAUGACAGUCACCUUCCUCGAGUCAGUUAUAACGACAUCACGAACCAGAGAGUGUUAGGACAGGGAGCGUACGGCAUAGCCCGUCUUGUGAGUCUCAAGCUGGCCAAUGGAGGGGUAGUCCCGGCCGUCGCCAAGACCUCCCACGAGGGCCAGUCUCUCAUGGCCGAGGCCCUGGCGCUCUACCAUCUUAAUGGGGCUGGUGGUGCCCCUGUCCUUUAUGGCGUCACCAGUGAAGACCCUCAGGCAUUGGUUAUGGAGUACUGUAGCGGCGUCACAGUUGACAAAUUUUUAAAGUCACAUUCUAAAGAAGAGUGCCUCGAGGCCUUCACCUCCAUGAGUGAGGCACUCGAUCAGCUCCACGCCAAGGGUUACGCUCACCGGGACCUACACGAAGAGAACAUUAUAAUCGACGCCUCCUGCCGUCCAUAUACCGCACACAUAAUAGACCUCGGGUUCGCUAUAAGACUCAAGAAUGAUGGACGCGACAGUGACCAACGCAUUAAGGGAUAUGACUGGGACGGCCUCAGCGACAUCCUCAAGCAGCAGCAGCAACACGAGGGAGAACAACAGCAGAAACAGGAUGAACAACAACCGGAUGAACGCAAACAGGAUGAACACCAACAGCAGCAGCAGCAACAGAAGCAGGAACAACAUUUCACCUGUUAG